AAUGUUAGAUGAUGUUGAUACACCUGAGAAUUUUGAUGAUGCACAUUUGGAUAUGCCUCUAUCAGAUGAAUUUGUGGAGAGAGCAACUGAUUGCAAACUUGUUGAAGAUUCUCAUAUGGAGUCAUGUCUACCUUUGGCAGGCACACUAUACCAUGAGGAGAAACAGGACCUUGUGGCAAAAACAUCAAAGAAGACUAAAAUAACUCAAGCUAAGGACAAACAAGUAGCUAAGGCAAAGAAGGCGAAGAAAAUGAAGUCUAAUAUCUUAAAAGACAAGAUACAAAGCAUAUCUGAUUCAUCCCACCAACUUAGCGAAGUGGUUAUUGAGCAUAAUAAAGGCAAAAGAGUCCCACAAACACCAACACUCAAGUCAAGGAGUGGCAGAACAAUCAAGCGAAGAAUAUUGGACUAAUGAAGUGAAAGAUUUUAUGAGACUUUGAAGCAACUUUUGUAUGUACUUUGUACAAUUCUCUAGCUAUGACUUUUGGCUCUAUUACACCGUGUUGGUGACAUUCUACUAGCAUUUUGAGGUUACCUUUUGUAUGUACAUUGUAUAUGCCUCGAUGCAGUUUUUGGUUUAAUGCGCUAUGUAUAUAUAACGCAUAAUGUCUGAAA